GGAGGCUCAGACAUGGUGCGGUUGGAGACAGGUGUUUUUUUCCUGCUGCUGCUGAGCACGUGCGUGCGAGGGGCAUGUGUUGGAGAUGCGAGGAACACCACGUGUCGGCAUGUUCUGCGGAAGAGGAGUUUGCUAUUCGUGGAAAAGACUGCCUGCUACCAUGACCUGGGUUGCUUUUCGAACGGCCCUCCCUUCUACCACCCCGUGUACAGGCCCCUGAGCUUGCCUCCUCAGCCUCCCGAAGUCGUGCAGACCACAUUCCUCCUUUACACCCGCCGCAACAAGCACCGGCCCAUAUUCCUGACGCGCAGGAACGUGAAGAAGUCCACUUUUGACCCCUCCUCCCUCACACGAAUCAUCAUUCACGGGUUCAACGACAACCAGGCGCUCACCUCCUGGUUUCAGCGGCUGAAAGACGUUAUCUUGGACAGAGCUGAAGAAAAUGUUCUGAUUGUGGACUGGAGCGGAUCCAACAGGUUGCCUUACACCAUAGCAGUGGCCAACAGCAGACUGGUCGGGGCACAGAUUGCCCACUUCAUUACCUAUCUAUACAAAACCGUCGGCACGAGGCCAGAAAGUUUCCAUUUAAUCGGCCACAGUUUGGGAGCUCACAUUGCCGGAUACGCCGGAGAGCGACUCCAUAAACUUGGCAGGAUAUCAGGCUUGGAUCCUGCUGGCCCUUUUUUCCGCAAUGUCCCUGAAAUCGUCCGGCUCGAUCCCAGCGACGCUGUGUUCGUAGACGUCAUUCAUUCCAAUCCGGCACCUUCGGUACUACGAGGAUUCGGAAGUCCCGAAGAUUCCGGGGACCUGGAUUUCUUUCCCGGGGGAGGGGAUCCACCUGGAUGCGAGAAGACAUUUGCCAGAUCGCUGGCGGAGGACUUGCCCACAGAAGCUCUAGGGAAUCUCGUCGCCUGCCAGCACCUGCGGGCCUAUGAAUUUUUCAUCUACUCCUUCAACCCUAACGGCUGCCUCUUCGUCGGAGUCGAGUGCUCCUCGUGGGCCGAUUUUCUGGAUGGUCACUGCAACUGCGGUCACGAAGGAGAAAAAUGUGCCAUCAUGGGAAUGUUCUCUCCGACUUACGCAUUCCCAUCUGGGAAGCAUUACAGGGACCGAAGGAUGUAUUUGAAAGUGGGGCCUGAAAGGCCGUUUUGUGUUCAUCAGUACCAGCUGAUCGUACACAUCCACAGCUUUCCCGGCCACUACCUCACGUAUGGACUGGAAAGUGCGCAAGUGGACGUCACGGUCUACGGGAAACUAGAGAAGAUGAAAGGGAAAUUGCACGUCAACGUCAAUCUUGCUAAAACGAAUCAAGUGAACAAGUUUCUCCUGUCGACGGACCGACCUCUGGGCGAACCGCUUUCGGCCGCCCUCGCCUUUGAAUACGAUCCGCAACGAGUCGAUCAGUACAAGAAAAAGUCAAAUUUCUUCAUUGAAAAAAUCGAAAUAAACUACCUCUACCCACUGCCAAAGGAGCUGGUGUCUACCGCGCUCUGCCGGUCGUCGGAGAAAGUCAACGUGCAUGAAGGGAAGGUCUUUGUCUUCACGCCGAACACCUGCUACUGAGAGAAAUGCAGCAUACCGCCUUGAGCCAUUCACCUUGGGAAAUGGCAGGAAUCUGAGUCUGAACUGUUGCGGAACAACAAAUCUCCCCCCUGUGUCUUCUUUUAUUAUUCACGCCUGUAAUGAGUGGGCUCCUCAGGACGGAUUGCAAGAUAAGUUUUCGUGAAUCGAACUGUUCCAUAUCUGUGUUUCUGGAUUUUAAAGGAUACUUUAUUUCAUUUUAAAUAAUGGAACAAGAGGCAUAGCAAAAUCUCCAAACGUUUGUGACAUAUUAUAAUUCAUAUGUACCUUAUAUCAUAAUCUCUUGUAUAUCGAUAUAAUUUGAAAGUUGCCAUAGAAACUUGCUUCCGUAAUAUCAUGUAAUUCCGUAAUUCGUUUUUAAUGUUAUCUCAAAUAUAUUCAAGUAUACUUUUUGAACCUUUGGCAAGUAUGAGGUGUCAACUGAAAAUUGCAUUUCUCACAUUCAGGGUUCCUAAAAAUGUCGUAUUCAAAUAUCAAAGACAAAUAAAUAAACAAAAGCAUUUUUUACAACGUAAGACAAAGGUAAUCACUGUUGUGCCGUAGUUUCCGUUAUAAUUUGAAUGAUCGAGUUGCCACAGCAGGAAAUAAAUCGUGUGACGAGAUGAAUGCUAAAUAAUCCCAUUACAGUUGCGAUUCAUGCGCUCACUUUAGGGAUACGACUCAUCAUCGGAUUGGAAACAACUCAACCCCACGCCAGGGAAGCGAGAACCUGCUUUCCCAUAACUGAAGUACACUCCAGUGGGAUGAAAAGUUUGCAAAAAUAAUCGUUACAGGAGACUUUUUAUAAAUAUAUCAAGCAAAAGGAAAGAAUACGCCUAAAAAAUUGCACAGCAGAAGUUUAAUGGAAUACAAAUUUACUAUAGCAUUACAAACGAAUCUCUUAAAUAUCGAGCGAACCCUAUUUUGCUUUGUAUGACAAGUCUAUGAAAAUUGCGUUAAAUUUUAAACUAUUCGUUAGUGAUACGGUGUCCUACUUGAAAUUAGAGUAUCAUUCAUGCUAUAUGUGAUUCUUAAUGUUUCUAUGCAUCCAACUAUUGUUAUUGUCCCAUUGAGAAUCUGUGCAUAUCAGGUACCAGAUGUUUUUUUUAUUUCACUUUUAAAAUGGCCCCCUUUAUGUUUACAACCUAUGUUCUAUUGGGGGAAUAAAUGGCCUAUUUUUUUUAUGUCUGGCUUCAAGUUCGUAAACUAUCUUUUGGGACAUCCAGUAUUAACUAAGCUACAAUGAUAAAUAGAUAUAAGUCAUAUUUUUAAUAAUUUCUUAGAAAGCCCGAGACGAUCAAAGCAUUUUUUCUAUCGGAUGGUUACAAUUCAGUUGUCCCUAUUCAGAGCACUUCAGAUACCAAAAAUAUUUCAAUCUGAAACAUUGUAGAAUAAUAAUGUUUAAGGCUUCAUUCGUGUAUCUUUAUAUUAUUCAAAAUGUACUAUUAGUUAUAUGGCAGCGAUGACUUACACUCAUAAAAAUACAUUUAAUAUCGUCGCAACACACUUGGUCAUAAACGCAGCAAUUAAAACUAUAAAAAGGGUUAUUUUAAAACAAAUUUAAAAUAGUUUUACACAUUUCAAUAUACUUUUGAAGAGAAAAAUUGCACAGAGGUAAGGUUAAUAUCACUGAUAGGAUAUUAUUUUUAAGUAGUGUGAAAGUGACUCUUUAGCAAUAAAAUGUCCUAAAGUUAUUAUAGUUAAACCAUUAAAUUCCAUUAAAACUUAAUUAAAAUUUUAGUAACUCUUUUCUUAGUGAGCAACAGCUCUCCAAGCAAUUGAAAUGUAGAAGUUCUAAGUCCAGCUGUUCAUCCAAUCGUGCAUUUAGAACAACUUUUGCAUCACGUCAUACCCAGCAUUUUACAGAUAGCAUUCAGACUAAAAAUGUUUUUCUGUGUUUUCUUUUUUUAUUACGUCAUUAAAGAAUAGUUUGGUAUCUUUAAAAAAAACACCUUCAUUGAAUUUGACUUUAACAAGACUCGGUGGCGCAAAUUAAACUUUGAGUUAUUAUAAUGUCAAAAUCAAGACCAUAUCUUGUUCCUUUCAGUUUUCCGUUUACAAAUCGAGUGCAAAUGCGCAGAAUGCUGUCAAAAUUUAAACGCUUUUAUCGGGCAAUCUCUUUUCUCCUUAAUGAACUUUUAAAAUUUGAUUACAGCCCUCCUUCGGCGACAAGUGGGUCGACGCUCACUGUUAUAGUUAAAUAAUUCGAAAAAAUUCAAAGAACCAACCAACCACAACACCUAUUUUGUCAAUUUUUGUGACAUUUGAAAAUGAAUGGCAGUUUGAUUAUGUUUUGAAUAGUUGCCUGUUCUUCAUCAAUACAAUUUUUGAGAAAAAUCUAAAAAACACUUUGUCAAUGUAUUCUGUAUAGGUAAGAAAUGACAUCCGAGUCCCACAGCCUUAACCACUGCAUCGAUUUCAGAAAUUUUUAUUUCAAAUGAAAGAUCAUGACUUUUAGAUAUGUUAUCCAGUAGAUAAAGUUCAUAUCUAUGUCAACGCUUUUUAUGCAUUAUUAUUACCGUUUUUUAUAUUAUCGCAUAAGAAAUACAGAGAAAGAAGGUUAGACUACCAUUAGUACGUAUCUAGGGGCCGUAAGGACUGAUAUAAACUAAAAAUUCUAGAUCAGUACAUUGGUUAUGUCUGGAGAAUUUUGUGGAUAUAUCACACUAUAGAGAACGUACAGUGUUUUUUUUUCCCGAUUUAUUUGGAAAAUGAAGAGUGAUAGAGACUUGAGACCAGGCGAUCAAUGCUAAUGUAUGCUUCCUUAAAAUCUAGCUGAGCAUUCGUAUGAAAUAAAAACUUACAAAAUUGGGACAGCUCUUUGAUUGGGGAAUACUGUCGCGAUUUUUCCCUGUCAAGGUAUACUAUAAAAUAGCGUUUUUUCAAUUUUUCUAGGAAAUAUAGGAUAUUGGAGAACGAAAGAUCUCUGAUGGCGUAUUUAGAGACCAUAAACUUUCAUAUGGAAAAAAAAUUCUCAAAAUCGGUUCACCUAACGAACUCUGUUGUAAGUUUACAUUACUAACGGUGUAUACAGAAGUAACGUUUUUAAAAUUUCUCUCAUAAAGGGGACCAUUUAGAUUUCAUGAGCUUUCAUAUGAAAAUCGGACAAGGGAUUGGAGUUUUACGUUUGGUUCUUAGAUUUUUUUAAAAUUGAUAUAAAAUCUUUUACAGCUUUUGUUCUCAUGCCAUAACGUACUUGCACCGAAAUUAGGCAUCGGAUAUGUAUCGAAUUGCAAGAUUUUCACUUCUUAAAUCUAUAUUUAAGUAGGUAUUAAUUUAAAAGACAAAUAUCCUGCGUCAGUUCCUCAGGAUCCCUCUCCAAUCUCAUUUGGAGGGCACUCCAAACUUAAAUGCAUCUGCUGAGCCUGGAUUUAAAUAAAUUCCCUGUUCAGAAGUUAAAAUAUGCAAUUCCCUUGUCUCCUGAAUGAAAGUCACUUUCCAGUUCAUCAUUGUAUGUGUUUUACAGCAUCUGUGUAUAU